AUGGGUCUCCACGCCCGCCGCCGCGACUCCUCUCCCGGCACCGUCCCUCCGCUCUCCCCAACCAUCUCCAUCCCCCCUCCCCAGCUCCUCCACCACCACCAUGUUCCCUCCUCUAACAACAUCUUCAAGUCCCACCAUGACCGCAGCCACAACCGCCGCGAAUCUCUCCCCGGUCCCUCCUUCCUUCCCCUCUCGCCGCCUCCAGCCACCAUUCAUUCCCGCCGCGACUCCUACCCCGGCCCCUUCCCUUCCCCCACAUUCGCUGAAUCUGAUUCAGGCCUCCUUCCUUCAACCUCAUCACACUAUUAUCAUCCUGAGCUUUAUCAUCAUACCAGCAAACGCAGAUAUGGCCACAACCACGGUCCUGGACACCCCAGAAACCUUGAUGUUGCAACCAAAAUUGCGUUCUGUCACAGGUUGUGUCUCUACGACAAGGACAGCGACCUCGCCUGGCCGUUUCGCGACCUUGAAGGUCUCGACCAUGAUGACAUAAGGGAAACUGCCUAUGAAAUCUUCUUCACCGCGUGCCGGUCCUCGCCGGGGUUCGGUGGCCGAAGCCCGAUCACAUUUUAUUCUAAGCAUGAUGGGAGUGGUGAGGGGAGGAGUACGCCGGUGUCCCAGACAAGUAGGGUGAAGCAAGCGCUUGGGCUGAGGAUGCUGAGAAGCUCCUUGUCUCAGAGGAUAAUGGUGUCGGCACCGGCGUCGCCGGUGACUGAGCGGAGUCCUCGGUCUCGGGCUGUGCCACGGAGGACGGUGACGAUGGCAGAAGUCAUGAGGCUGCAGAUGGGGGUGUCGGAGCAGAGUGAUAGCCGGCUGAGGAAAACACUUGUGAGGACACUUGUUGGCCAACUUGGCCGGCAAGCAGAAACUAUCAUUCUCCCUUUGGAACUCCUUCGCCACCUAAAGCCUUCGGAGUUCAAUGAUUCCCAUGAGUACCAUUUGUGGCAAAAGAGGCAGCUCAAGUUCCUUGAAGUAGGUCUCCUCUUUCACCCUUCAAUUCCCAUAGAAAAGACCAACACCUUUGCCAUGAACCUUAAGGAAAUUAUACGUAGCGCCGAAUUCAAACCUUUAGACACUGGCAAAAACUCAGACACCAUGAGAAGCUUCAGCAACUCUGUGAUUUCCUUAUCGAUGAGAAGCCCUGAUGACACUCCCACCAAUGUUUGCCACUGGGCUAAUGGCUACCCUGUGAACAUUCAUCUCUACAUUUCCCUCCUUCAGUCCAUUUUUGAUCUAAGGGAUGAGACAUCAGUGCUUGAUGAGGUGGAUGAGCAACUUGAUCUGAUAAAGAAAACAUGGUCAACACUGGGGAUCAAUAGGCCAAUCCACAAUGUGUGUUUCACAUGGGUGAUGUUUCAACAAUAUGUAGAAACCGGGCAGAUAGAACCUGACCUUCUUUGUGCCUCAUAUACCAUAUUGAAUGAGGUGGCAAAUGAUGCUAAGAAAGAAAGGGAUUCCUUGUAUGUUGAGAUAUUGAAAUCGGUCCUCGGUUCACUGCAGGAGUGGGCAGAUAAGAGGUUUCUUAACUACCAUGUGUAUUUUCAGGGAGGAGAUAUUGGACAAAUUGAAAACCUUCUUCCUGUGGUGUUGUUAGCAUCCAGGAUUUUGGGAGAUGUUACAAAUUCUGAAGAAGGGCAAGAAAAAGGAGAUAAAACUAGAGUGAGUUCUUCUGAGGGCCGGGUUGAUUACUAUAUCUGUUCUUCCGUGAAAAAUGCUUUUGAAAAGAUGAUGGAAGCAGCAAAUGCCAAAUCUGCCGAGUCUGAAACAGAGAAAAAAAUCGGUGAAGUUAUACUUCAAUUAGCUCAGGAGACUGAAUAUUUGGCAUUGAAGGAGAGACAAAAUUAUAGUCCAAUAUUGAAGAAAUGGAACACAAUAGCUGCAGCAGUAGCAGCAUUGACACUGAACAAUUGCUAUGGACAUGUGCUAAAGCAGUAUUUAAGUGAAAUGACCACAUCAAUAACAGUUGAGGUAGUUUUAGUACUGCAGAGGGCAAAAAUUCUAGAAGAUGUUUUGGUUCAAAUGGUAGUUGAAGACUCUGCUGAUUGUGAGGAUGGUGGCAAAACAGUAGUGAGAGAGAUGGUUCCUUUUGAAGUUGAGUCAACCAUAAUGAUCCGUAUUAGAAAAUGGAUAGAUGAAUCACUGCACAAAGGAAAAGAGUGUUUGGAGAGAGCAAAAGAAUCUGAAGCAUGGAAUCCAAAGUCUAAAUCGGAGCCGUAUGCAAAAUCGGUGGUAGAGCUGAUGAACUUGGCCAAGAAGAUUGUGCAAGAAUUCUUUCAAAUUCCAAUAUCAAUAACUGAAGUUUUAGUUCAAGAACUUGCUGAUGGAUUACAAAAAAUCUUCCGGGAGUACACAAUGUUUAUUGCUGCAUGCGGAUUGAAAGAGAACUACAUUCCCUCUCUUCCCCCACUGACCAGGUGCAACAGGAAUUCAAAGUUCCACAAGUUGUGGAAGAUAGCUAGCCCCUGCAGUGUUAGUUGUGAAGAUCCACACAUAUAUGGAAUAUUUGAAGCUAAUCAUCCUCACUCAUGCACUAGCCGUGGAACACAGCGUCUCUACAUUCGUCUCAACACCUUAUCCUACCUACUUUCUCAUAUCCCCUCUCUUGACAAAUCACUCGCCCUGACACCAGGAGUUGUUCCUUCAAAUCGCCACAGUUUCACGAACAGCCACAAGACUCAAAGUAACAGAACUUCAUACUUCGAAACAACCAACACCUCCAUCCUAGCAGCCUGCCAGCAUGUCUCAGAAGUUGCUUCCUACCGUCUCACGUUCUUUGACACAAACCCUUUCUUCUAUGACAGCCUCUAUGUUGGCGAUGUAGCCAACGCUAGGAUUAGCAAUUUAUUGACAAUUCUCAAGCAUAACGUAAAACUAAUGACAGCAAUUCUGACAGAAAGAGCUCAAGCGCUGGCUGUGAAGGAAGUUAUGAAGGCCUCCUUCGAUGCAUUCCUCACGGUUUUGCUUGCUGGUGGAACCACCAGGGUGUUCAAUGAAUCUGAUCACCAAAGUAUACAAGAGGAUUUUGACAGUUUGAAGCAGCUAUUCUGCAGUUUUGAAGAAUUGAUAGCAGAAAAUGUGGUGGAGAAAGAGGCUGAGGUAGUGGAGGGAGUGAUAGCACUAAUGGGCAUGAGUACUGAACAAUUGAUGGAAAACUUAAGUACCUUAUCAAAUGAGACAAGUGGAAUAGGAGUCAUUGGUAAUGGUCAGAAGUUGCCAAUGCCACCAACUACAGGAAAGUGGAAUAGAUCUGACCCCAACACAAUAUUGAGGGUAUUGUGCUAUAGAAACGAUCGAACUGCAAGUAAUUUCUUAAAAAGGACAUUCCAAAUAGCAAAGAGGAGAUAACAACAAAGAGGCACAUCAAUAAUCUUUUCAAAAACAUUGUGGCUACAAAAUUCUUUCCUUCUAACUAUAGGAUGAAAAAGUGUUUUGUAGAGAGGGAGGAGGGGGGGUGAAGAUUGUAGCAAAAGGAAGAAAAAUUGUGAAAUAGGCAAGGGAAAAUAUAAGGGUCCAAGAAAGAACUGUCUUGCUUUCAUCUCUAGGCAUGUUCAACAUUCAACUGAUUCAAGAAAUUGUUGCAUGUUAAAAGGGAUUAUUUUACCUUUUUGUGAAGAAAAGGGAGAACGAAAGAAACACAACUUUGUCGUGUAAUUUGGUAUCUAUGCAUUUAGUUCAGGAGUAGCUUAUAGCUAGGAUGCUGCCACCAGUUAUAUUAGUCUACAGGGUGCAGAAAACAAAUUUGCUUGUAACUAAAAACUGAAUUUUGCUUUUGUAAAUUCAGUGUGAAUAUAAAGGGCUUAAUAAGAAGACU